AUGCCAGCAAUAGUGCAACCACUUACUCCCCCGGCGGGAUCCGACAUUAACUUCGGCGCUGUCAUUGACAACAUCGAUCUCGAGAAUCUAACCGACGAAACCUUCUCAACAAUCCAUUCCGCCCUCUACAACCAUCAAGUAGUAGUCUUUAAAAACCAACAUCACCUCUCCCCCAAAGCUCAAUACCUCCUCACCCAACGCUUCGACCCCUCGUCCACCCAGUACGGACACGGCAAAACAAUUGACGCAAAGCGGAGCAUCCUGCACCCGGACCUGAAGACCGUGCCACAUCAACCGCAAGUGCAGAUCAUUGGCCAUGGCUUCAUCGACUCCUACGAAGGUCUAUCCAACUUCCAGUUGAAGCAUCCACAUCACAAGACCUUCCACCGCGAUGCGAUUCCCCCGGAAGAAGAUUACGAUUUCACCCGGUUCUACAGAUGGCAUAUUGAUGCUGCGCUGUAUGAAUAUUAUCCACCGAAGGUCACGACGUUACUUGCGGUGAAGGUGCCGAAGGGUCGACGACAGACACUCCGGUAUGAUGACGGCUCGGACGAGACGUUGGAUGUGCCGCUCGGCACGACGGCCUUUGUCAGUGGGGAGCGGAUGUUCGAGAUGUUGUCCGAUGAGGACAAGGAGUUUGUGCUGGGGAGCAAAGUUGAAUAUGCACCUCAUCCAUACAUCUGGAUGAGUCCCGCCCGCUCCCUCCCAACAGGACUCGGGCUGUACUCUGAAGGGCUCGAGCUACCCGAGUCCGAACUCCCACCCAUCGACCAAUCAAAGAUCAUGAUCUUGCCCAUGAUCUGGAAGAACCCGGUUACAGGGAAACCAGCGCUCCAGAUCCACCCGUCGGCUGUGCGGAAAAUCCACCAGAAAGAUGGCAGCGUGAUUGACGAUCUCGCCCGUGUCCGGGACAUUGUCUACCGGUUGCAGCGUCCGGGUAUCAGCCCGGAACACGUCUACGCGCAUGACUGGGAGGAGGGGGAUCUGGUCUUGUUCCAUAACCGGGGCGUGUUGCAUUCGGUGGUGGGGGCGUUUGGGGAUGACGAGGUCAGAUUGUUUAGACAGUGUAAUCUGGCGGCGGGAGAGGCCCCCGUUGGGAUGAGUGAUUGA